AUGAUCAGCAAAGCCUUCGGGAUCGCGGUAGCGUUAGCAGCGACAGCCGCGCCACGGGGCCGGGCGGAGCAGGUCCUCGUGGCCAGCCUGGUCGACGACAUAACGUACACCGACAUCGUGCCUUCCGGCACGUGCGCGGACGGGUGCGUCCGCUAUGAACAAGCCGUGGCUCACGUCACGGGAACCCCGGAUCAACUCGACUGCGGCUUACAGACCGUCUCGCCCUUUGACUCGUCCACGCCAGAGCCGGGGCUGCUGAGGGCGCUGAUAUACUGCGAGGACAGCAGCGGCACCCUCAUCGAGCAGGGCACCAGGCCCUGCGUGUUCGACGUCUGCGUCGACUUCUCGUGGAGCUCCGGGGACGGAGACGGCGACGGGGAGCUCACCUACGAGUUCAACGGCACUUGCGAGGUGCAGACGUGCGAGGAGCCGAACGCCUACGGAGCCGUGAUUUCCAUGACGGAUGAGUACGGCGACGGUUGGGUGGGCGGAGUUGACGGGUACUACAACACGUGGCAGCUUACGGACCUGACGACGGACACUGUCUGGUCCAAAGGCACGCUCGCGGACAACCACGAAAGUGCCACGAUCAAGGAGUGUCUAGCGGACGGCGAGUACAUGUUCAACACCACCGCCACCUCGGCCUUCGCCGACGACAUGGGAUGGGGCAUCUGCGACAACUACGGUGCCGCGGGGGAGGGGCUCAAGUUCACGGUGCUGAACGGCGCCUGCGACGGUGAGUCGGCGGAGCUAAUCGCGCGCGCGACCGCGGAGGAGACUUCGGACGCUGGGGACUCCUACUGCGUCCUGCCCGCGCCGGAGAGCGACGUGGAUUACCGCACCUCAACCUGCACCGCCCUGUCUUCGGGCAUGAAGAUCGACGGAGUCGGGCUGUUCUACGACGACCGGUGCAACAGCGCCGACUACUCGGGGUGCUUCGCCCGGUCGAUCCCGGCGUGCAGGCUCUGCUUCUGGGACAAGGACCUCUGGUUGUCGCGAUUCCCCAGCUCGCGCGUGCCGGACUGGGAGCUGUGCCCGUGCUGCGUGGCGGACACGCUCGGCAUCGACUGCGCGAGCGGCGGGGGCGGGGGAACCGACGAAGGGGUUAUCAUCGGAGUCAGCGUGGGGAUCGCGGGAGUCAUCGCAAUCGCGUGCUGCCUGUCGUGCGCCUUCGGGCCGACCAUCGUCCGCUUCCUCCGCCGCAUGAGGAAGAAGAAGCACGCGGAGGACCAGCUGGACCUGGACGGCCACCCCGGCACCUCGGCUUUCCCGGAGUCCCCCGGCGGCGGCAUGGGCGGCAGCGGCAACACCCUGCGCGGCGCGGUGCUCACCCACGGCAACCGCGACCGCGGUCGCUCGGGACACUUCCCUAUCCCUCGCUUCGACUCCAUCCGCGGACGCUUCGACUCGGGUAUCUUCGCGUCUAAUGUUGGGGGCGGGGGUGCGGCCGCAGCCGGCGGCGUGGGCGCCAGAGCUCACGUCGGCGGCGGCGGGCCGAGCGGGGAGCUGGAGAAGAUUUCCGCCGAGCAGGCAAACGUGUCGACCACGGCGCAGUCCACGCCGUCGGGCGCCAACGGGAACGGCGUCGGUACCGGGGGCGGCGGCGGGAAGGCCGGCAACGCGCCGCGGUCAACCGUGCUCGACGGCCGCCUGGUGGCCCAGGGGUACACGACGACCGACAUGGAGCGGCCGACCUCGUCCGGCCCAAGCCGGGCGGCGACGGCCGCGGGGGGGGGGGGGAACCUCC